AAAAAAAUCAAAAUCAUAUUUAAUACUUUGCUCUGUUCUUCAAUAUAGAGAAUUUAGAUCUCUUCUUCACCACUCUUCGCUCUGCUCCUCGCUCGCGUAUUGAGAUUCAGAUCCGAAUAAGAAACUUGUCAGCUCAGAUAACAAUCGAAAAAGCUUCUCGGCUUUUGAAAAGCUGUCUCCUUUUUUUUACUCUGUUUCCAGAAGCAGAGAUUGUUCAAAGAAGAUAGAAUCUCCUCUUUCUUCAUCUCAAAGGAUUCUCAAACUCUUUGUCUAAAGAAAGCAAGAUUCUUCAGACAUAAGUGAUUGUGGAUGCUCUGUAGCUGAAGAUGCAGCCUGAUCAACGCAAAAAGUCAUCAGUGGAACUAGAUUUCUUCACGGAGUACGGUGAAGGCUCCAGGUACAGAAUCGAGGAAGUCAUCGGCAAAGGAAGCUACGGAGUCGUCUGCUCAGCUUACGACACGCACACGGGAGAGAAAGUCGCAAUCAAGAAGAUCAACGACAUCUUCGAGCACGUCUCUGAUGCAACUCGCAUUCUCCGUGAGAUCAAGCUCCUCAGGCUCUUGCGCCAUCCGGACAUCGUUGAGAUCAAGCACAUCUUGCUGCCGCCUUCGAGGAGAGAGUUUAGAGACAUUUACGUUGUUUUCGAGCUCAUGGAGUCUGAUCUCCAUCAGGUUAUUAAGGCUAAUGAUGAUCUGACUCCUGAGCAUUAUCAGUUUUUCCUUUAUCAGCUUCUCCGUGGCCUCAAGUAUAUACACACAGCUAAUGUUUUUCAUAGGGAUCUAAAACCGAAAAACAUAUUGGCUAAUGCUGAUUGUAAACUCAAGAUUUGUGAUUUUGGACUUGCAAGAGUUGCAUUCAAUGAUACACCAACUGCUAUUUUCUGGACUGACUAUGUAGCUACUAGAUGGUACCGAGCUCCAGAGCUGUGUGGAUCAUUUUUCUCAAAGUAUACACCGGCGAUAGAUAUAUGGAGCAUAGGGUGCAUCUUUGCAGAGUUAUUAACAGGGAAACCUCUUUUCCCUGGGAAAAAUGUGGUUCAUCAAUUGGAUCUGAUGACUGAUAUGUUAGGAACUCCAUCUGCGGAAGCCAUUGGAAGGGUGAGGAACGAGAAAGCUAGAAGAUACUUAAGCAGCAUGAGGAAAAAGAAACCUAUUCCUUUUACACACAAGUUUCCACACGCUGAUCCUCUCGCUCUUCGUCUUCUAGAAAAGAUGUUGUCUUUUGAACCCAAGGACCGGCCUACAGCUGAAGAGGCCCUUGCGGAUCCGUACUUCAAGGGUUUAGCUAAGGUUGAACGAGAGCCCUCUGCUCAACCUGUAACAAAGCUGGAGUUCGAGUUCGAGAGGCGGAGGGUCACAAAAGAGGACGUGAGAGAGCUCAUAUAUAGAGAGUCUCUUGAGUACCACCCAAAGAUGUUGAAAGAGUACUUAGAUGGUUCAGAGCCAACCAACUUUAUGUACCCUAGUGCGGUGGAACAUUUCAAGAAACAGUUUGCUUACCUAGAGGAACACUACAAGAAUGGUACUUCUCAUACUCCCCCGGAGAGGCAGCAGCACGCAUCAUUACCUAGGGCUUGCGUUUUGUACUCUGAUAACAAGAAUGGAGCGGGGGGACAACAGAGUUCAGUGGAAGUCACUGAUGGACUCUCCAAGUGUAGCAUCAGAGAUGAGAGACCGCACAGGAAUGCGCAGCGAAUUCCUGUUAACGUCCCUCAAACAAUCCAAGGUGCUGCGGUAGCUAGGCCUGGGAAAGUAGUGGGGUCAGUAUUACGCUAUAACAACUGCGGUGCAGCCACAGGAGUUGAAGCUCUUGAACAACAGCAGCGUAGGAUGGUUAGAAAUCCGGUUGGUGUGGCUCAGUACCCAAAGAGAAGUUCUCAACCUUGCAAAAGCAGCAGAGGAGAUGAAGACUGCGAUUCUGCAGAAGGUUCAAGUAGAUUGAAACAAAACCCUCAGUAUAUACCUCAGAAAGUCGCUGCAGCGCAAGAUACUGCAAUGAGCCGCUGGUACUAAGUUAAUGUUUUGUCUCUGGAAGAAGAAACUUUACUACACGUCUCAGGUAGAGCGAAGAGAGAGAGAAAGAAAGAUUGUUCUUACAGAUCCUGUCAUGUUAUUUGUUUUGUGUUCUUAAAAUGACCUUUGUCCUUGACUUUGUAACAAUAUAUAUUGCCUUCAAAUUCUUAAUAAGUCUCGAUUAAUCCCACAUA